UACAUGAUUAUUUGUUAUUUUGUUAUAUAAAAAUAAGAUAUGUUCAUGAGGUCUGAGGCCUAGAAUUUUCUGAACAGAUAUUUGUUUUGUAUUAUUCCCAUUUUCUCUCCAGAUAUCUUCCAUCAUCUUCCACAUUACAGAAUCCACAUUGAGACCAGAGCAAGAAAUGGGGUUAACCUCCGCCAUUAUCAUUGCUUCAUCAGCAACAACCUCCAGGUAUCUUCUCAAUGCUCCGAAUCCAAGCUUCUCGCCGCGCCUUUCCUUCUCUAAAAUCUGCAAUCUAAGCUUAAAUCGUUGCCGGAGAUCCUUGUCUAGGAAAAAAUCAUAUCGCCGGGUGUGUUGCAGUCAGGUGCAGAUCGAAGAAGGCACCGAUGAGGAGGCAUGUGAGCUGGUGAAUGGAGCUGAGGUUUCCAUAGGUGAAGGAUCCGAUACUGUUCCUGCUUAUCUUCUCUCCGCUGUGAAGAACAACAAUGGAACUGGUAUUUUACUAUUGUCUGACGUCUUUGGGUUUGAAGAUUCAUGUACCAGAGAUUUCGCCUAUCGAAUCGCCUGCAAUGGUUACAACGUUCUACUACCCGACCUAUUCAACGGAGAUCCAUGGGGAAAAGAACGCCCAAAAUCCUCAUAUGAAGAAUGGCGAGCAACUCAUAACCAAAUCGCUACAAAAAACAUCACAACUUCGAUCAAAUGGAUGGUAGAAGAAUUCGUAGCUGCAGGAAUCUCAAAGAAGCUUGGGAUCGUUGGGUUUUGUUUUGGUGGCGGAAAGGUAAUUGAGGUUCUGGCUGAAGAUGAAGAGGGUUGUUUUGGCCUCGGAGUCUCGUUCUAUGGCACAAGAAUCGACCCUUCUGUUGCUGCUAAAGUGAAGGUGCCGGUUUUGUAUAUAACAGGGGAUGAGGAUCCGCUGUGUCCGGUGAAGGUGGUGGAAGAGAUCGAGAGGGAGAAUGUGGGGGGAUCAAAGGUCGUGGUUUUCAAAGGAAGAGGCCAUGGAUUUGUUCAUCGACCAGCGUCUGUUGAAGAUGAUACAGAUGCAGAAGAAGCUUUUACGAUGAUGAGAAAUUGGUUGCAUAAUGGGUUGGUUGUAGAGAAAAACUAAUAUAUCUUUUGUACGUAAUAUAGGUUUUCUCUUCCCAAUCUCUUUCUUAGUUUUUAACAAUUUCUUGAAUGAAUGGAAGUGUUGUAUGGUUUGUAGAGUUAUGUACAUUGAUAUUUGCUUAUGUUAGUUACCGUUUCAGGCAAAUGAAAUAAGUUUUCAAUUUUUUA